AUGCCUCCUCGUCGUAACCGUCCAGUCAAGCGCAAUCUCGUCCGGUGGACAGACGACCUUGACAAGGACGUAUUGCUUUGCGUUCAAUAUGUUUGUGUCGAAGCUGGCAUCAAGAUUCCAUGGGCGAGAGUUGCUGAAGUCAUGGGUCCGCAUUUCACAGAGGGGGCCAUCGUCCAGCACCUCGCGAAGCUGCGCAAUCUCAUGGAUCAUCAUGGCAUUCCCGUCCCGCCCCCACUUAAGCGUGGCAUGGUGACCAGAACUCCCUCCAAAGUGUAUGCGAACGCCAACAACAAGCGUACCUUUGAGCCGAUCCCGCCUCUUUAUACAGCCAGUCCAAAUGUCUCCACCGAGUACCGAUCUGUCUACGACAGAGUCCCUGUCAUCAAAGCUGAAGAUACUGGAUCUCCAAUUCCCAAGUCAAAGGCUCGAGUUCGCAAUAGUGGUCGUCGUCAAACCAUGAGCGAAGACGAAGAAGACAAUGACAUCUUGACAGAAGAUUUGUACGACUCAGAGGACGGCACUCCAAAAAAGCGCCGUCGUACAACCAAGUCUAAGAGAUCGGCUGCUCAUACCAAUAAUCCGCCAUCAACGCCACCCCAACGGGGGAUAAACGUCAAAGCAGAGUCCAGUGGCACCAUAGAGGGCUCUGCUGGUCCCGCCAGACGCACUCGAGGUAUCAAGCAUAACUAUGCCUUGAUGGAUCCAACGUUCGACGAUGCUGACGCCGAGGCCGAAGAGGACGAUGUCGCCGCGGAGGCUGAAGAUGAGCGCGAGGAAUUGUCGCCUGACGAGAACACUGAGAUGGCCGAUCAAGAAGUCAACACAAGCAGUCUCGCCGCUUCCGAUGUCGAUAUGAUGGGAUCUGGCAUCAACAAAAUGCAACAACAUUCAUACGCUGAAGCUUUCGACCAGGCAAACGGCAACAACGGCAUUGGUGACGCUAACAUAGGUGCCUCAGCAUAUGCGUGGCCGACUGCUGCACAGAUGUUUGGUCCUCCAACCGGUGCUCUGAAUCCUGCCAUUCUCAACGGUAAUGUCCUCCAUGGUCAGCACGGCCUAGCCUACAAUGGCCACAUGGGAAGCAAUGCUUUGUACGGCGAUAUGCAAUUUCCUUUCCCCGGCGCUCCCAUGAGCAUGGGUCCACCAGAUCUUCGCUCAUACUCGUUCGACUCGUCUUAUCAACCUAGCCGCAACGACUCGGUCGCGACUGGUAUGACGUCCUUCACUUCAAUGUCGGAGAGUGAUCGGACUACCGGUAACCUGCGCUACUUGCCAGAGAUUACAGCCCAAGACGUCAGUAACCAGCACGACUUUGCCUUUGACCCCCAGGGCGUCGACACCGCUAUGCCGUCGGGAGAUGCCAUCUGGAGCGACGUCUUCAACGAGGACAUCAAGGACUUCGUCAGCAGUGGCAUCUAA